UAUAUCACCUCCACAUCUUUGGCUCUCUCUCUUUCUCUCUCUCUCUCCGUCGAUUUGAUCUUUUGAUAGUUCUGAUUGUAACUAUAGAUUUAGUUUUUGCUAGGUCACUGAACAGAGCGAGAGAGAGAGAGAGAGAGGUCAGUAAAAGAAGGAGGAUGAGUUGGUGUGAUGGUUCAGAUGAUAACUACGACCUAAAUCUUGAAAGAGUAUCGAACAUAGAUCAGCCAUCGACUCAGCUCAAAGACCAAUCUCAGUCAUGUGUCACAAGCGGUCCUGAUUCGAAGAUUAUCGUUGAAUCUCCUGUUAUGGUCACUUGUCCUUCUUGUGGACAAAAGAUCCAUCACCAAGACGACCAGGUUGGUAGCAUCAAAGAUUUACCAAGCUUGCCGGCAGGAGUGAAAUUUGACCCGUCGGAUAAAGAGAUCCUUAUGCAUUUGGAGGCAAAGGUCUCAUCCGAUAAGCGAAAACUUCAUCCUUUGAUCGAUGAAUUUAUACCGACGCUCGAAGGAGAAAAUGGAAUUUGUUAUACACAUCCUGAGAAACUUCCUGGAGUAAGCAAAGACGGGCAAGUACGGCACUUCUUCCAUCGUCCAUCAAAGGCUUAUACGACCGGAACACGAAAACGUAGAAAAGUGAGUACUGAUGAGGAAGGCCACGAGACACGGUGGCACAAAACGGGCAAGACCCGACCAGUUUUGUCGCAAUCAGGAGAAGCCGGUUUCAAGAAAAUCCUAGUGCUCUACACCAACUACGGUCGCCAGAAGAAACCAGAGAAGACUAAUUGGGUGAUGCAUCAGUAUCAUUUAGGCAAAAGUGAGGACGAAAAAGACGGUGAACCAGUCCUGUCUAAAGUAUUCUACCAAACACAGCCUAGGCAAUGCGGCAAUCCGACGGAACCUAAACCGAAGAAUCUUGUAAACUUAAACCGGUUUAGCUAUGAAAAUAGUCAGACCGGAUUUGGGUAUGAGCAUGGAGGGAAAAGUACUGAAGAGACGUCACAGGUGAUUAGAGAGUUGGUAGUUCGUGAAGGUGAUGGGUCAUGUUCGUUUCUUAGGUUUACUUGUGAUGCAAGUAAGGGUAAAGAAAGCUUCAUGAAGAAUCAAUAGAGCAUAAUAUAUAUAUAUAUACUGGAGAUGGAGUAAACAUGAGGAAAAGAAUGGGGGAGAGCACAGAUUCUUUGUGUAGGUGUUGGGUAACUAUCAUAUAUAGUAACCUAGCUAUCUCAAAAGCUUUUGGGAGAUUUUAGGUUUUAACUUCUUCUUUUUUAGCUUUUAGGUUGUAACUUUAACCUCACCAGACAUGCACCUUACUAAUCUUUAAAAAAUAUAUAUAAUUUCUCUAUUUCUGAAUAAAAUAUGUCAAAACAAUACUGU